CCGCGCCCCUCCCCGCCCCACCCGGCCCGGGCGCCCACAGUUCUCCCCCAGUGCGUGUCGGGAGGGAGCGGAUCCUGUCCUUCAGCGGCUGGCGGAGAUGGCCGCUCCGAUUACGCGGCAGGUCAGCGGCUGUGCGGCGACCCCAGCUCCCGCCGACUCUGAGUGUGGGCAGCCUCUGGCGGACGCCGUGGCCGAGCUGCCGGUUCUGGACUCCGCCGGGGAGCGGAUACCGUUCGGCGCUCUGUUCCGGGAGCGCCGGGCGGUGGUGGUCUUCGUGAGGCAUUUCCUGUGUUACACCUGCAAAGAAUAUGUAGAAGAUCUGGCUAAAAUCCCCAAGAGUUUCUUACAAGAAGCAAAUGUCUCCCUUAUAGUGAUUGGACAGGCAUCCUACCAUCAUAUUGAGCCUUUCUGCAAACUGACUGGAUAUUCUCAUGAAAUGUAUGUUGAUCCUGAGAGAGAAAUUUAUAAGAGAUUGGGAAUGAAAAGAGGGGAAGAAAUUGCCUCCUCAGGACAGAGCCCUCAUAUAAAAUCAAAUCUACUCUGGGGAAGUCUUUGGAGCCUGUGGCGGGCAGUGAAUAGCCCUCUUUUUGAUUUCCAAGGAGACCCCGCUCAGCAAGGUGGAACCCUCAUUUUAGGUCCAGGUAACAACAUCCAUUUUAUACACCGUGAUAGGAAUAGGUUGGAUCACAAACCUAUAAACUCUGUUUUACAGCUUGUAGGGGUGCAGCAGGUGAACUUUACAAGCAGACCUUCUGUUAUCCACGUGUGAUUCAUAUGGAAAUCUGUGGCUUACAAAUGGGCCCUUAAAAUGUGACCUUAACUUCCUCAUGCAGUGUCUGCUUGCUGGUUCUUUCUUGCCUUUGAGCGGUUUGGAAAACAUCAUAAGAUCAUGUACCAGGUAAACUUCAUGCUGACAGUAUCAGCUGUCAAUCCAUUUUAGAUUUUGUAGCUUCCACAGUUUUAUGCAAAAUAAAUAUAAAUACACAGAAGACAACUUUAAAAUUAUGAAAUGUAUAAACACUACUGCUAAAAUUAAAGUACAUUCAUUCAAUAAGAUGUUUUCAGCAAUUAAAAUAUAAAGGGAAGAAAAAAAUGCAUAUUUUUAUUCAGUGCAAAAAGCAGUUGACAGUGUUACUGCUAACAGUGUAACCAAUUUUUUGUAUGUGCAUAUUUAUAUUUUUGUAUGCUUAAAGAAAAGACAGGAAAUAAAUAUACCAUAGUAUUGCCAGUGGUAUAUGUCUGUGUGGCAAGACCAUGGUGAUUUUGCUUUCUUUUCCAAAUGCUUCUGUAUUUCUCACCUGUUCUCCAGUUAACAUGACUGAUUACUUUUUGGUCAGGAAAAGGUCUUUGAACUUUAUAGAACAAAAAACUUGCCUGUGUUAGACCUCCCCUCCACAGAUAUGUACAUUACACGGGUGCCUGGUGCCACAGGCUACGUUUCCAUUCUAACUGCUUCACUUGGAGAAAGUGAAAAUGAAACCUCCCGCAUAAAGCUAGCAUCAAAAGCACAUGGUCCCCACACCCCGGCCAGCUUCUUAUCAGGACUUUUAGGUGGAAUGAAGGUAAAGAGAGAAAUAAUAGAUUUCAUUUUUGUUGUUGUUAAACUUGUUUUGUUUUAAUGCAGAGCUGGAGGUCAAACCCAACUCUAGAAUCUGGGGAGUUUCACAGAUGCUAAGCAUAUUCUUUACUAUUGAGCUAAAUACAGUCCUGACU